CCCAGCCCCCAGCCCCCAGGCUUAAAUUGUGUAUUGAGUAUCACCACAAAUUGCUACGCUACGUAGAGAACAAACAGAUAUAUUUAAUGUCAAUUUUGCUAGAAAUAAUGUUUCAGUAUAUAUUUUCCAUACUGGGGCAGAAAAUUUAGCUAGAGAACAAAGCUCUCAUCAGCUCUCAUGACACAAGGCGAAAAUCUAUUCGUGAUUGCUUUUGAAGUUUGAACCAUGCAGAACCUAAUCAAGUGUCCGAAACGAUAUUACAUGGCGCCAAGCCGGAUAUUCAAUUUCCCAUCCGAAAAUAUUUAUCUCCCGAAAGAAAAACCUAUUUUUAACGUUAAACACUUCAGUUACGCGAAUAAUAAUGGAGCUCACAGGUUAUCUCUUCCCAUGUCUUAUCACGCUUACAAGAAGAUUCGCAAAGAAUUAUAUGCCGUACAAUCAGCAUUAUUGUGCAGCGGCAAAUUUAGUUUUUCUCCAAGAUUCGAUACUAUCAGAUAUUUUAAUACUACAUGUAGUAACUCUAAUGAACAAUCGCCAAAGAAAUCAGACUCAGAAAAUCCAGACAAGAAGCCUGAUGAAAAUGAGGAUAUGAAAUCAGUUUUUACUAAGCUCUCCUUAUGGUUUAUGGUAUUAUACUUUGUCUUAAUUGUAUUGAAACACCAGAUGGGAAUGUCAAAUGCAGAACUCGCUGCUUCUAUUUCCUGGAAUGAAUUUGUAUAUGACAUGUUAAGUAAAGGGGAGGUCGAGGCAAUUAUUGUAAAUCCUACUAUCGAGCGUGUUAUAAUUGUUGUGCACGAUGGUGCCAUUAUUAAAGGAAAGAGAAGCCCAUACAAGAGAUAUCACAUGGCUGUCCCAAGCAUUGAGAAUUUUGAAGAGAAACUGAGGAAGGUGGAAAAGAAUCUUGGCAUAAAACCUGGCCAAGGAGUACAAGUAAUUUACGAAAGGAAGAUAGAAUACAUAGCGAGUAUUGUAAGAUUUGCACUUUUUGCGCUGGUAGCUAUCGCUGCUUUUAGUUUUGUGAGAAAACGUUUUUCCUUCAAACCUUUCGAGAUCAUUUCGCAAAUGAAACAGGCGAAAUUUACUCUAGUCGAGCCGUUGGUGGGAAAGGGAAAAGGUGUACGUUUUGCGGAUGUAGCUGGACUGAAAGAGGCUAAGAUAGAAGUGAUGGAAUUUGUCGAUUAUCUGAAAAAACCAGAACGUUACAAAAUGCUGGGCGCUAAAAUACCACAAGGUGUUUUACUCUUGGGACCUCCUGGAUGCGGUAAAACAUUACUGGCUAAAGCUGUGGCGACUGAAGCGAGCGUUCCUUUCCUAUCUAUGAACGGUUCUGAGUUUAUUGAAGUAUUCGGUGGUUUAGGUGCUGCUCGAGUUAGAGAUUUAUUCAAAGAAGCUAAAAAGAGAGCACCAAGUAUUAUAUAUAUCGAUGAAAUUGACGCGAUUGGCAAAAAACGUUCAGAGAGCUCGCUCGGGAUAUCUGACCGUGAAUCUGAACGAACGUUAAAUCAACUUUUAGUAGAAAUGGACGGAAUGAUAUCAAAAGAAAACGUUAUUAUACUGGCCUCGACGAACAGGGCAGACGUAUUGGAUAAGGCGUUAUUGAGACCCGGCAGAUUCGAUCGGCACAUUUUAAUCGAUUUUCCCACGGUAGAGGAGAGACAACAAAUCUUCGAGACUCACCUUAAAAAAAUAUCUUUACAAAACAAACCUUCGAAAUAUUCGGGAUACUUGGCUUAUCUUACACCUGGUUUUAGUGGUGCUGACAUAGCAAACGUUUGCAACGAAGCCGCGCUACAUGCUGCGAGGGAUAAGAAGAAACAAGUAGAAAGCAGCGAUCUUACAUAUGCGAUCGACAGAACGAUUGGUGGCUUGACAAAGAGAAAUAAUCCGUUAACGCCGUCCACAAAACGUGUCGUCGCCUAUCACGAAGCCGGUCACGCGUUAGUGGGAUGGCUGUUGGAGCAUACCGAUGCCUUGCUCAAAGUAACAAUAGUGCCACGAACUAACUUGAAACUGGGAUUCGCGCAAUACACGCAAUCUGAUCAGAAGCUCUACAGUAAGGAGCAACUUUUCGAACGCAUGUGUAUGACGUUAGGUGGUCGUGUCUCGGAACAUGUGACGUUCAAUAAAAUUUCAACGGGCGCCGAAAACGAUUUGAAGACUGUGACAAAAAUGGCGUAUCACCAGGUCCAACAAUUCGGAAUGAGUCCAGCUGUGGGUUUAAUUUCUUUCGAAGAAGAGCAUACCAGCACGAAAACUAAGAAGCUGUAUAGCAAAAAGUUAGCUAAUUUAAUGGACGUCGAAGUAAGAAGAAUAAUAGGGGAAGCAUAUGCACAAACUCGACAAUUGCUUUUGGAUAACAAAGACAAAUUAGAUACGCUUGCGGAGGCUCUAUUAAAGAAGGAAACAUUAUCGUAUGAUGAUGUAGAAAAAUUAAUUGGACCGCCGCCAUAUGGAAAGAAGCGACUUGUAGAACCAGGAGAAUUUGAAAAUUCUGGUCCAACUAGAGAAUCCCCGUCGGUAGACAGAGAAUUGGCAGAAUAAAACGUAUAUUUUUUGUAGAUAUUUAUAUUCUGUAUAAAGAAAGAUUAGGAUGAUAAAAUAUAUUAAAUAUAUUUGAAAAAUUUGUUGGUAAAUUCGAGAUUUGUAAAAUACUUUCUU